UGCGCUUUCGCGUCCGCUGGAAAGCAAGCGAGUGAGUAGAAUAUCUUCAAAAGUAAUCAACCAAUGAAACAACAAUGUUUCACAGGCCGCUGUUUCAGGUGAUGCGCCAAUUUGUAAGGCACGAAUCUGAGAUCUCGAUGACCCUAGAAAGAUCUUUAAAUCGUAUCCAACUGCUGGGCCGAGUAGGACAGGAUCCUGUCAUGAGACAGAUGGAAGGGAAAAACCCUGUCACAAUUUUCAGCCUAGCCACCAAUGAGAUGUGGCGAUCGGGAGACAGCGAUGUGGUUCAAGGAGAGGAUGUUACACAGAAGACCACAUGGCACAGAGUCUCUGUAUUCAGGCCGGGGCUGAGAGAUUUAGCUUAUCGGUUUGUGAAGAAAGGUGCUCGGAUCUACGUGGAGGGGAAGAUAGAUUACGGCGAAUAUAUAGAUAAAAACAAUGUGAGGCGGCAAGCCACAACUGUCAUUGCAGAUAACAUUAUUUUCCUGAGUGAUGCUAAGGAAAAUUUUCCUGAGUCGGCUUAAAGAAAAGGAAUGAAGCAAAUGGGUUUUGGACUGCGGGUUAAGCUGUUCAUUUUUUUUGUAAGCUUUUCCUAAUGCUAUAAUCAUGUCUUUGUCAUAUACCCUGGUAAAAAUAAGUUUUUGUACAAA